AUGCGUGGUCCAGGCCUGGUUGUGGACGAGAGUCGAGUCGACCUGUCUAGCAGAUCCGUCGAUGACAAGUCGGAGAAUAACAUGGUCCUGCACGUGGACUGGUCAGAGCGUCAACUCGUGCUCCUUUUGACCGAUGUGUCGAAUUCAGUAAAUGCCGCUGUCAACCAUGUGGUCCCCGCCCCUGAGGAGCUGUCAAUCUGGCCCUGUCCGAAUUAA